AUGAUCGCGAAGACAAGACUCUAUGGCUUUCUUCUGCUCCUUCCGGGAAUCUUCAAACGGGUAGCAUCCAGCGAAGGCGCCAUAUUCUCAUCCCCCGGGCGGACGAGUAGAAGCGGCUCAACUUCCAAGAACGGCUCUGGCUUGACCGAAUCACAGAUUCCAGAACACAUGGAUUGGGAAAGAACUCCUCAACUUUUGCCUCUGUUUCAACUAGAUCCCACCAGAUACGCCAGUAACAUGGAUGAAGAUCAGGAAGCUCGCGAAAUACCAACGGGGGUUGAUAUGUUUCCAGCCCAUGAAGAGCAUGUUGCAUCUUAUUACCCAAGCGCUGAUUUAACACUGUCGGUGGGACCAGCUGCUCACCAUGACCAAGUUGCUCGUCCCCCUAACGAUGCUCACAGCCCACUGCAAGAGCAAGGAGGGUUGUGGGCUCCACGUGGCAUGCAUUUGUCGCGGAACACCGACCUUUUCAAGCAGCUGGGGCUCGGUGGAAUCAUUCCCUUAACCGAUAGGCUUCCGUUUUCUCACUCGACGUCUUCUGUGAUGCAGCCACUCAGGAAUGAGGAUCUUGCAAGCACGACUGCUGCCCCUGAUUUGAACAAGAAAAACCUCAAAAACUCAUGGCUACAAUGGAGAGAAGACCUCCGGUUCUUCCCAUAUUACCCUUGUCAAACUCUAGACUGGAUUCCGCCUGUAACCAACCUCAAAGCGGCCUGUGCUACUCUAUUCAUGGUCCAGGAAUUUGAGGACGCACUGAAAAACAUCCAAUGGACUGAAAAAUUGGAAACAAUGCACAGCUCUCACCAGAUCUUAGUGCCAUUUGUGCACAAGUUGAUGAUGAAACCACUUUCAACAAAUCAUUGGUGCCAAAUCCUCCUUGUGUGGCGCAACCUAUGGGAUUUUUCAUAUGAAAGUGAACAAUCAGAGCAUCAAAUCCUGAGAAAGUUUCUCUGGAUCUCAGAUUUCAUCUCAGAACUAUCAAUCCCUCAGUUAUACAUAUUCAAUUCAGGAUACUCAACAAAGAAAUCAAGCGUUUUCAACACCCGCACCGAUUUAGCCAGAGUUUUUAAACUACUAUCAGAUGCAAGAUUUCCAAAAAAUGAUUUUUCCCUUCUACAAUUACAAGCCUUGGAUUACUUUAGUAAAAUCCUCAAUGUAGAAUGCUCCCACGGACAUCGAAUUUUUGAUGUGCAUCAAAAUGAAGAAUACAGUCACAUGCAAAUCCUCAAACGCUUAAAUUCAGUGGCUCGAUUGAUUUAUGGAGGGGAUCCAAAAGGUGGAGCAGUUUUCUACCAUUUAGAAAACAGGAGUGCCUCACAAGCCUCCUAUAGAACCUUACUGGAAGCAUAUGGCCAAAAACGUCAAAAAUGGGACCGGAAGUAUGAAACCAAAUUUCCUUCUUUUCUUGAAAAAAGGCUUGGAAAGAUCUUUGAAACGCUUGAUUUCAACCAGAUUGAAUUCUCAAACAGCUUCAAUCGAUUUCCAACCUGGGAGGACCAGUGGAAGAUUAAUAUUGUUAAAGGAUUUGAUGAUAUUGCAGCAUACAUACAUCCUUAUCAACCAUCUGUUGGAAUGUUUUUGCCCCAAGACAUUCACAAUUAUUUUCUGCAGAAUCUUGGACAACUAUAA